AUGACUCGACCAACUGCUCCAAUUUUGACCGCAGAUUACUACACAUAUUCAACGUACUCACAGGUAAGAAUUUAAUAGAGAUUGGGUGGAAAAUAUCUAAUUUUUAAAUUUUAAAGCUUAUAGUAAACAUUUUACGCUAAAAUAAAUUUUUUUCAAAAAUAUUCAGUCAGAAAAAAAGAAAUUCGUUGAUUUUUGCCUUUUCAAAAUUAUUCAAAAUGAAAGUGAAAAUUCAGUUCCAAUUCUGAAGUGCAAAGUGAAAGCUCCGUUUUUCAAGUUGAAAUCAAAAAAUCAAGAACGUUCAAAAAAAUUUUUCAGGACCCCGGUAGUUAUUUUCCCAAUCUUGAAACUUGAUCUAUUUUUCUGCUUCUCAUUCUCAGAGUUAGAAAUCUGAUAGGUGUUAGUGAAAUCAAGUAGUUUCUUAUUAUUUUUUCUCAAAUUGAUUCCCAAAGAUUUCCCAUCAUCCAAAAUCCCGAUUUUUUCCAGAGAGAAGAUUUCUAUGGAGGUUUCGAGCCGAAAAAUGAGUCAAACAAUUCUGGAAUGGGAUAUCAUCCAAAUGCUGGACCAGCCAGAAUGGAACCAGUGAUUUGUAAAAAUAAAUCGAGAAAAGAUGUUAGAGAGGUAUGUUCAAUCUGAUUUACUAUGACGAAAGAACAGGUGUUUUUUCCAACACCUGGAUUUUCUCAAUAAAAUAUUUGAUUUUUAUCUUGCAGGACACAAUUUCUGCACAUUGUAUUGCAUUCAUCUACUUGAUUCUUGCAUUUAUCAUUUUGGCAUUCAAUGCUUAUUUAUAUGUGUAUGGUGUUCGAAAUAAGGCCGUCGUUUACUUAUCGGGUGUUAUGGGAUUUGUUGUUUUGACGAGUUUGAUGAUGCACAUUGGAAUUGCGAGACGGCAACCAUUUUUAUGCAUUCCAUUUGUUGUUUGUAGGGUAAGUAAAUUCAAAAAUUCGGAAUUUUGUUUAGGAAAAGCUGGAAAUAAGUUUUCUGUAAAUAUGAACAAAAAAAAGUUUCAAAAAUUAAGAAAAAGCUCAAUUUUGUAAUUUUCUGAAAACUUCAACCAAUUUUGAUUCAAUUUUUCAAUUUUCAUAAGUUUUUCAUAAACUUCUACAUGGUUUUUGAUUCUUAACUUUCAAUUCAUUUUCUUUUGAAUUCCAUGAAAAUAUUAUUUCAAAAUUAUGGAAACAAAUUUGGAAAUAACAAAAAUCAGCUUUCUGAUAAAUCAAGAUUUUUACUCCCAAAAUCUAAAUGUUUUAGACAAUGGAAGCUUUCACGUGCAUCUGCUUCACAAUCGCUUUCGGCUACGCUCUUGUCGAUCCCCGAAGCGAAUUCUUCAAAUUCUUCCACUUAUGCACUAAAUUCAUUUUGAGCUUGUUGCCAAAAUUCAACAUCGAUGUCGUUGAUGGUAAUUUUUUUACAGAAAAAGAACUAAAUUUCAACAAAACCAUUUUCAGCCACAACUCAACUCUGCAUCGUUGGCUUUGUAUUCUUCCUUCUUCUCCUCGCAAUCUCGAUUUAUGUUUGUCGAAUUUCAUUCGAAUGCACAAUGUGGGUGGCUGAUCAACUUCGCGCCAAACGAAUGCAACAAACAUAUGAUUCGUCACGGGUCAGAAUUGCCAGUGAUGAAUUUUACUGCAGUUAG